GAUUAAAACACAUAAAAAUGAGGCCACUGGCUUGUGCAUAAACAACAUCUCUUGUUUCUCUCUUCCAGUAACUGUGACUGUGGGAGGACAACAACACUUGCUGGGACUUUAUGACACUGCAGGGCAGGAGGACUACAACCAGCUGAGACCCCUGUCCUACCCCAACACGGACGUGUUCUUGAUCUGCUUCUCGGUGGUGAACCCCGCCUCGUACCACAACGUCCAGGAGGAGUGGGUGCCCGAGCUGAAAGUCUGCAUGCCCAACGUGCCUUAUGUCCUCAUAGGAACACAGAUUGAUCUCCGGGAUGAUCCCAAAACUUUGGCUCGGCUGCUUUACAUGAAGGAGAAACCACUCACCUACGAGCACGGAGUGAAGCUAGCAAAGGAGAUCGGAGCACAGUGCUAUCUGGAGUGCUCAGCCCUCACGCAGAAAGGCCUUAAGACUGUCUUCGAUGAGGCAAUCCUGACCAUUUUCCACCCCAAGAAGAAGAAGAAGCGUUGUGCGAAGUGCCACAGCUGCUGCACCCUCGUGUGAAGUCACUUGGAAAGAAAAACGGGAUGAGUUCAAUGAAACCAAGCAGGUUAGAAAGGCAAUGAAGGUCACAUGCAACUGAAAUGGGGAACAUGACCAGAAAGGGGUCCUUCUUACCCAAAUAUAGGAGCCCUCCGUUCUGUGAAACCUCCAAGCUGUACCACACUAGGCCAACUCAUGUCUCUGUGCUUUCCUAAUCCUCCAGAGUUGUAUGCAGCCUGUUCCCACUACUGCAGGCUGCACUGAGCCAACAGACACCAGGAUGCCUGCUCCUGCUUGACUCUUCACCUUAGAAAUAAGGUGAAGGUGGUGU